AUGGACCAUACAGACCAUACACUUCAGUUGGAUCAUUCCACCUCUCCACCACCGACAUUGAUGCGCUCGCUGCUGGCACGUGCGCGAGAUGUGCGCGACGUGGCGCGAACGAAGCUUGAUGGUGCGGUGGCCACUGAGAAUGUUGUAGCACCUGCGGAGGAUUGGAGGCGAAUCAACGGUGCGCUGGCGCUGUUUGAGGCGUUAGCGAGUUCAAAAGAGGGUGCCGCACUCGUGGGCAGGUCAUGGUACGAGGUGAAAAUGGAAGCGCGUUUGAAAGAGCUCCAAAACUUCAGUCAUGAUUCCGAUCCCCGCGUGGCAACGCUCAUCCACCGCGCUGCCUUGGGCGCAAGUCGCGCAGCAAUGGCGCUGCAGUGGGAUGAAGAUGUGCUGGACGCAGCGCCCGAAGAGGUGAGACGAGACGUCGAUGCCGUCGAUGCGGAUGCGGCCGUCGCCCCAGAGCGUACAGGUGAUGGAGGCGCGGCCCGAACCUUGAACGAUCGCUGGGCCAACCCGGCGAUCAUCGGCCGCCGCUCCGAGGAGACGGUAACAGACUCCUCGGUUCCUUCAGCCCCCGCGAACGACAACGUCGCACGGCGGCGCUGCUGCUGCUGCUGUUGGCCACGACAACAGGCAGUGCUUGGACGCAAGGCCACUGCGGAUGACGAAGAGGAUUCCCUGCUGACGCCAAAACAGGGCGGCAACGCAGGCCGCCCAGCGGCCGCGGGGCUGCCCGCGGCGCUGCCGAGCAUUUUGGAUCAACAUUUGCCGGAAGGCCGCUUCGGGGCCAUGGCUUUGCCGGUGGGCGUAGAAGAUAAGCUCUAUGCCACGAUUUCUUUGCAGAACUCUGAGUCCUUCUUGAGAAUCGCCUUGACCUUUCAGGAAUGCAGUCUUCAAACAGAGGUUUUGAAUCAACUUGCCAAGCUCUUAGAGAGUUUCGCGGAAGCUUUGGAUAGCUUUGGUCACAAGGCGGAUGCCGACUAUGCAACUCGAGGCAUCAAUAGCUUACAGAAGUUUAAGGAGCAGGUCAUACAGAGCUAUUUGGGGCGACCCACUGAGCACUUUGGAGCGUCUCCCAAGGAGACCAAAGAGUGCCAAGCUCGCACCGGGGCCCAAGAGCUCGGCAACGCGGACGGCGACGCGGACGGCGACGCGGACGGCGACGUCCGCGACGUCCCGAUGUCGCUGCCGUCGAUGCCGCCGCCAUCGGGGCGCUCCCUGCAACUCUCCUGGAAUUUCAGCGACCUGAGCAACAGGAAUCUUAGCGUUGGGAAAUCGGAGAGAAGCCUCUCCGGAACCGUCUCCGGCCGUGGCGGCUCCAGUACCACCGUGACGCCGGACUGGAGCCAACCGAGCCCGAGCCGGGCCAAGCCAUGUGAGCGAAAUGAUGACACCGAGAUGAAAAACGAAGAUGGCACGAGAGGCAAGGUCUACACCAACUUCUGGCGUCUCUUCCGCGUCCCCUUCGCGAAAUCAACUCGUUCACCAUCGGUCUCACCCCUGGACGUCGACGAUUCGCGUGAUCCGCGAUCCGUGCUUCCAAGGUCAUGAGACCGUGGGCGUGAACGGUGAAGCUAUGGCUGGGGCCCUACAGUUGUGG